AUGUGGGGCUCUCUCACUUCUCAAGUUUUGUUACCUUCUCAGCAAGGCCAUCUUAACCAGUGCAUUUAUAGUCAACAUCCCUUCUUCCCUCUGCACUUGGGGUCCUUUUUUCAUCAUCUCUCUUUUUUUUCCCAUGGCACAGGGCACUGCAGGGAGGGGCUACCUAACAUACUCCAGAACAGGACUGUUCAACAAAACUAUGAUGUGAACUACAUAUGUAAUUUAAAAUGUUCUUUGAGCCAGAUUUUAAAAGGUAAGAAGAAACGGGUGACAUUUCAUUUAAUGAUACAUUUAACUCAACCCCCACAUAUCUAA